AUGCAAACACGUUCAACAUUAGAUACAAGUUCAAAGAAUUUAUUUACAAAUAUUGAACGGUUAGGUAUACGUGAUUUAUUAUCCUAUGAACAACUUUCAUAUGAUACUAUAUUAACAUCAAUUCAAAAGUAUGAACAUUUUCUUCGCUGGUAUCCACUUUUAAAAUAUAUAUAUAAUUUAGGUAUAUUACUUGAACAAAAAACAAAAGAAUAUAAUGAAUUAUAUAUACAUUUAAUUGAACAUAAUUAUAAAUUAAUAACUAAAACUCAUGCAUAUGCAUCAUGUUUAUUUUUACUUAAAAGUCAUGAAGUUGAUUUAAAUUCAUAUGAUAUUUUAUUAUCAUUAAUUAAAGAUGAUAAUUUAACACAAAAAAUUAUAUCAAUUAGUCUUGAAAGACUUUUAAUAGUUGGUCAAUAUUCUAAAAAUGAUAUAUGGCGUUUAUAUGAACGUUCAAUAAUGAUUAUCUUGUUGUCAUGGAUGUUAUCAAGUUUCAGUGCUCAUUUUGAAGAAUUAAACAAUCGUUUAUUGCUUAUUGCUGGUCGAGAAUAUUAUCUGCAGUUAACGAGUAUUGAACAACGGCGUCAAUUUGAACAAGUAUUAAUAAAUGAAUCGAAUCCAAAAAAAGUAUAUGCUGAUUUACUUGCACACAUUCAAAAUACGAUCUCAUCAUUGUCUUGGGUGUGAGUGUAGAUGUUGUUUGGAUGUGUUGAUGGAUCGAUACUCUCUCUCAUCCAUACUCACACCCUCAAUAAAGACUAAAAAUAUCGGUUCAUAAAAUGAAAACAUAUCAACAAGAUCCACGAAAACCAUCAGUCUCAUUUAUUUUGUGCAUUUGUGCUCUAAUUUCGGUUUGACUUGUUGAUUUGUAUUUCAUAUUGUAUGUUUUAUUAUGAUUUCAACUAUUGAUUUAACUAGUAAAUAAGUCGGUUAAAAUAUUCACAAACAUAUUUCAGCCAUUAAAGUUUCAAGAAAGUCUUUAAAAUGUUUUAGAAUAGUCUAAAUCUGGUUGAUGAUGUCAUUCAGUGCCUUUUCUGUUGCCAUUUUUUCUCCUUUUACUAGGAAAACCAUGCUCAUUGGUUUCUAAUAUUUAAAUCAUGUCGCUGAAGUCUAAGAGGGAAAUGCACAAAUCUGAAUUAAAAUUUGCAUUUAUAACCAGUACUCUUUGAAUCGUUUUGAUUUAGUAUAUUAUAUGUAAAAGCAUCUACCAUAAUUCAUCCUAUUGAACUUGCUCUUUUUGAAAACCCGUUAAUAAUGAUAAAUUUGAAAAUUCUCGAACUACAAUCGUUUCUUCUUAUUCAAAUAACAAUUCUUUUUUCUUGAUUUAUUAUUCCUACUUCUUAUUAUUUUGUUAUCAAUACAAAAAAAAUUUUAAUAAUAAAGAAAAAAAAAUUAAAUAUUUUAAUGUAAAAAGCAAUUCAUCAUUAUUCGUUCAUCUCACCUUCAUAUAUUAGAAAAUAUGAACAUCAGUGUUUUCUUGUAAGAUGACAAUCCGAUUAUCGUUGGGCAGUAUUUAACAGUAACUAUCCGAAACGGAAUCGAACCGUCUUCUACGAGUUCGAGUUCAGUUCGAUGCCUGACAGACAUGGCAUUGUUCUAUAAAGUUAUUUUAGAUUUACAUUUCUGAGAAUUUAUUUAUGAAAAUUAUAAACUUUGGUAAGUUCAACCUCAACAACACAAUCAUCAAAAUACAUGACUUCAGAAAAAAUAGAUCAUUAAUAACGAAAAUCCGAUCAUCACUAUAGAAUAUUCUGUAAGAAAAUGGUCACACCAUAUUCCCGUUACAUUCUAAAGAUACUAAAAGACUUGUACACACAUCCAGAUUAAACAAGCAGACAGUAAGAUCUCACAAGAAUUCUACAGAGCGUUUUAAUGUAAAAUGUGUUAGGUCACCAUUCUAGUAUGAUUCCAGCUGAUCUUACAAGAUAAAAUACUUGAAAGAUAUUUAUAUUUACUUAUUCAUUUUUCCAAAAUGACUAAUAUCUGUUUAUGGUAGAUGUCGAUGUCCCAAUGAAUAGCAUGAUGCCGAAUUCUGUUCUGUUUUCAUUACUGAGAAUAGAAGAGACGAUUAGCAGUUUAUGAACGAGCUGAUGACAUGAAAGAUGGUCGUAUUCUUCAAAACAUUUUUUCUCAUAAGCUACUUUCGUCAUUUAAAUUUUGUGUUCUAACUUACGUAACUUCGCUUCAAAUAUUUUUUUUGUCGUUGAAACAGUAAACUUUGCACACAUGUGACGAAAUAAAAUAAAGAAACUUUUUUUCGUAAAAUUUAAUUUGAAUAGAGAUAUAUGCAAUAAAGUGUGAGUUUCCGGUUCAUCUACAAAUUCAUACACUCUAUUAUCUAUGAAUCAUGGUUUAGAUAGAAAAAAUCUAAAAUAAAUAUUGUUUUCGAACUUUUGUUUUCUGUUCCAACUGAUUCUAGCCAUUCUACAUCCGAUCAGAACUGCGUUUAAGUAAGUCAAAUGAUUGAAUUUAUAGUCGGACUUUAAUUCUCACCAAGUAACAUAAGUUAUGGUUGUAAUCUUCAUCUUUUUUCCCUAGAGAAAUGUUUCUUUUUUCGACUUUCGGAUUAUUAUCAAUUUAGCUUAAUUUUUGUUUCAAUAAGGAAGUCGUUGCCAAUUCGUCUAGACUAAGAAAAUAUUUCCCCAUAGUUACAGUUAAUUGUCUCCCUCUUUUGAAUAGAUCAAUCAAUCUCAUCUGCAUUUUUCAAGCUAACUUUGUCUUAUUGAAAUAUAAGGUUAGUCGAUUUCCGUCAAAAUGCCUUUCUCCAAUAUGUCAUUCCCUGAAGUCACAUUUUCGCAGACAUUCGCCAUCGAC